GCUUUUAUUGUGCGACGCCGAAGACCGUUGCCCACACGUGUACUUCGUCUUUUUUUUUUUUUUGCUCUUGCGCCCCGAGCUGUCGCUUUGCGACCUUUUCUCCUUGUUACCUUCCUUUCAGUCGACUUAGUGCAAAGCACCAUCCAGUAUGGCCCCCGCUGCAACUAGCGCCCAGGAUGGCGUCUACAACGACAAGUCCAAGCCUAUGGAGGUUCGCCUCAGCAACAUCACUGCUGCCAAGGCCGUGGCAGAUGCCGUGCGUACCAGUCUGGGCCCCAAGGGCAUGGACAAGAUGAUUCAGAAUGCCGACGGCGGUGUCACUAUCACAAACGAUGGCGCCACCAUUCUUGAACUCAUUCAAGUCUUGCACCCGGCCGCGAAGAUGCUGGUUCAGUUGUCCAAGGCACAGGAUGUCGAGGCUGGUGAUGGCACAACUUCCGUUGUCGUUUUGGCAGGCAGCCUUCUUGACGCAUGCGAGAAGCUCCUGUACAAGGGCAUUCACCCGGCAACAAUCUCCGUGUCUUUUGGCACCGCGGCGAAGAAGGCUUGCGAUAUCUUGGAACAGAUGUCCACGCCCAUUGACAUGCUUGAUCGUGAAGCUCUUUUGAAGGCUGCCGGUACUAGUCUCAACUCCAAGGUCGUCUCAAUGUGCUCGGAUGUGAUUGCCCCGAUCGUGGUGGAUGCUGUUCUGGCCGUGGCGGAUCACGAGCAUCACAACGUGGACCUCAAGGAUAUCAAGAUCCUUCAGGCCGAUGGUGUCGUUGAGGAGACAGAGUUGGUGCGUGGUGUGGUGCUCAACAAGCGCUUCGCCCACCGCGUCUCUGGUCUGGACCGAAUGGAGAAGGCCAAGAUUGGCCUGAUUCAGUUCUGCCUCUCCCCUCCCAAGACGGACACGGACAACCAGAUUGUCGUUUCCGACUACAGUCAGAUGGACCGCGUCCUCAAGGAGGAGCGCAAGUACAUCCUGAACUUGUGCAACAAGAUCAAAAAAUCUGGUUGCAACGUCCUGCUCAUUCAGAAAUCAAUCUUGCGUGAUGCCGUCAACGACUUGGCCCUGCACUUUUUGGCCAAGAUGAAGAUUCUUGUCGUCCGGGACAUUGAGCGCGAUGAGGUCGAGUUCCUGUCCAAGUCUCUGGGCUGCCGCCCCGUGGCCAACGUUGAUGAGCUCUCCCCUGACAUGCUGGGUGCGGCCGAGCUCGUGGAGGAGGUCCCCACUGGCAACACCAAGGUCAUCCAGUUCAAGGGUGCUGCUGCCGAGGCCAGCACGGUCAGCAUUAUCGUUCGGGGUAGCUCCAAGCUUGUCCUGGCCGAGGCUGAGCGCUCCAUCCACGAUGCGCUGUGCGUCAUCCGCUGCCUUGUCAAGAAGGGAGCUGUUAUUGCUGGUGGUGGUGCCCCAGAGAUUGAGUGCGCCUUGAAGCUUGCUGAUCAUGCCCAGACUCUCACGGGAGCUGAGGCCUACUGCAUGCGUGCCUUUGCCGAGGCCCUUGAGGUUGUUCCCUUUACAUUGGCCGAGAAUGCCGGCCUCAACCCCAUCUCCACCGUCACGGCGCUGCGCACCAAGCACAAGGAGGGCGAGCAAACUGCUGGCAUUAACGUCCGCAAGGGCAUGAUCACAAACAUUUUGGAGGAGAACGUGCUGCAGCCCCUGCUCGUGUCAAUGAGCGCCAUUUCACUGGCUGCUGAAACCGUCCGCAGCAUCAUGAAGAUUGAUGACAUUGUCAACGUCCGAUAAGCAGCCAAGCGUGUCAAAACAAACUUGGCUCUUGCUGUUUUUGUGGACCGUGUGUAAAUGGCCAAAAGAUGGAUGCGACGAAACCCCAGCGUGGAGUGAGCCGUGGCGUGUUUAAGCUUGAGUGGUCUCCAAACUACAAUAAGAUCUUUGUGCUCGCUCUCUACAUGUCGAGGCAAACAUAUGGAAAACCCCAAAUCGAAGG